GGAUAACCAAGAUUGCAAAAUAUUAUUAAAGUGAUGGAAGAUAUCUUUAACAGAACAUUUCUGAGCAAGAUGAAAAACAUGAUACAGGAUGACAUGAAGAUAGGCAAAGUCACUGCCUCAGUCCCAUUGAUCAUGACACAGCUACUUGACAUCUUCGUUGAAGAUCUCUGAGAGAAAUGAUUUGAGGAAGCCAAAAGAGAGAAUGAAGAAGAUGACAAAAUCCGCAUUAAUUGAGAAACUUUGAAGAAAGUCCUAGAAGAUAAUGAGAAAUUUAAGCCCAUGAGGAGUGCUUUUAUGGAGACCUAUGAAGAAAUAAAAAAAGAAGCUUUAUUGAAAGGCAAUGUGGACUCCGAAGAUGAAGAUGAAAAGAAAAGAAACAAAGACAGAAAGAAGAAAAGUCCAAAAAAGAAGCCUAAGAUCAAGAAGAAUAAAAAAUCGAAGGCAAUUGAAGGUGAAGUUCGGGCAGAUGUCUUCGAUAAUCCCACCACAGAGAUAGCAGAAGAGCUUAUAGGCAAACCUAUUAAGAACACUCUUGAGAAGCUUACUGAGGAACCUACAGAUGUGCCUGCUAAGGAACUUGGUGACAAAAUUACUGUUGACCGGACUGAGGAGCAAUCUGAAGAGCCUAGAAAGGAUCCUAAUAAUGAUUAUUUGCUUGAUCUAGAUGAAGGUACCAAUGAGUAAUUCCUUCAAGGACAC